AUGCCCGUCUUUAAUCUCUUUAAACGAAACAAUUCUGCAAAGGACUUUGAAAAUGCGAGAAGUGAAAACCGAAAAACCAUUGGUGCCAACAAGAGUUCACAGGACAUGUCCAAAUUGCAGGGAGAUAUUUCGUCCUAUGAUAAAUCACAUACGGGAUCAUCGUUGGAUGAAUCUUCCUCUGCCACUCAAUCUUCUGUAGCUGCGAUGGCUGUUCUUUCUAAAUAUAGUAAUAAUUCUGGCAAGAAGAAUCAAGAAAAGAUGCCAACACCAGAAGAAAUUAUGGUACUUUUUGAGAAAUUGUUAAAAUACCACGGAAUUGCACCAACAGAUAAACGACACAAAGUCAUGAUGAUGAAACCAUUGGAAGAAAAAUGGAAAUUGAUUAAAAUUAUGGAACAAACAAAGAAAGAAGCUGAGAAAUUACACACUGUCAAGGACACACCAGAGUAUAUUACACACAGAUUGAAAGAAGAACCAACGGUUGGAACUGUGUCAGAAUUGAUUGGUUUGUUAAAGAGCGCAAAAUCUGAGGAUUGGAUUAAAAAGUUUUUGGAAUUGCAAGGAUUGGAUUGUUUAUUUCAAAUAUUGAUUGAUAGUUGUGAUCAACAAAUUCAAGAGCAAGGUGGAGCUUUACGUGAAGAAUUCUCCGACGAUGAAGACGCCAAAGAAGAAGAAGAAGAAGACGAUGAAGACGAAGAAUUGAUCGAAGAUGAUGAAGCUGCCACUUCCACUCCUCAACAAGAACCAACCACACCACAAGUGGAUACUUCCAAGAAAAUUAAAGCCAUCAUUCCAGCAAAGAAGAAUGAAAAAGAAGAUCCCUAUGAUGUGUUACAGGCAGAAUGUGUCAAGGCAUUGCGUACACUCAUGAAUACCAACGCUGGUCUCAACGCGUUCCUUUCGAGUAAGGAUAAAUCAGUGUUGGCCAUUACAAAAAUUCUCGACUCUCGAAAUACCAAAACCAAAACACAAAUUUUCUUCUUGUUGGCAACUAUAUGUAGAUUUGAAGAUGGUUUUUGGAUUGCUCUCGAUUCCAUGAACAAGUACAAGUUGAAUAGAAAGGAACGUGCAAGAUUUCAAACCAUUGUUCGUCUCUUAAAGAAGAAGGUUGAAGUUACUGAAGAAAAUGUCAUGUUAAAAGUGUCACUUAUUGUGUUUAUCAAUGCUUUGAUCAAUUCACCACAAGACAUUCAAUUGAAGAAACAAUUGAAGAAGGAAUUUGUGGAUUUGAAAAUGGUUGAAAUUAGUGAGAGGUUAAAAGCAUUGGAUCUCGACGAUACUCUCACCAUGCAAUUAUCCAUUUUCGAAGAAGAAGUUCAAGACAUUGAAGACAUUGAAGAGGAAGAAGAAGAUGUUGAUAUUGACUCUCUGGAAGAUCCAAUGCAAAUUCUCAAAUUGAUUCGAGUUCAACUUUCUGGUUCAGAAGCUUUUGAUUAUUUUGUGAAAAUGCUUCAAUACUUUUUAAUUGUUUCUGGCAAGUCGAAUGAAAAGGAAAAGUCAAAGAACAUGCAAACUUUAUUGAACAUGAUCAAGAAAGCAGUUGCAUUCAAUGAAGAAGGAGGAGUUGAAGAAGUGAGUGUACGAGAAUUGCAAUUAGCAGAUCGUGUCGAAACUCAACAACGUAAAAUUACUCAACUCGAAACUCGAUUCCUCAAACUUGCAGAAAUGUUAAAGACUGGUAAAAUUGAUGAAAAAGUCAUUGAAAAAUUCAUUAGCUUGACAUCCAAAGAGACCAAACAAGUCUUCCAAAAAUCCAUUGAAAAUAUGGAUCCCAACGAUUUACAAGAAGAAUUCCUCAAAGAUGCUGAAGAAUUUCUUGUCAAGGUAAAACCUAAAAAUGGUUUUGAUCUUGAGACAGUUCAAGCUCCUGAUGAACUCAAGAAACACAUGAAAAAGUUAGAGACUGAGUUGAAAUUUAUGACCUAUAAGGCCAAACAAUUAGAAAAACAAUUACAAUCGGGUGGUGGUGGUUCAGGUGGUUCAGGUAGUGGUUCAGGUAGUGGUUCAGGUAGCGUUGACUCCUCCUCCUCCAAUAAUGGAGAUUUGUCCAAUUCUAGUAGCAGUAUUACAACGAACGUUCCUCCUCCUACCACCAACACCACUAAUGAUGGUUCUGGAGAAGGUUCAACCUCCAUUCCUCUUCCACCCGUUCCAGGUGGUUUCGAUGGCUCUGUUCCUCCUCCACCUCCAGGCAUGGGUGGUGUGCCUCCUCCACCUGGUAUGGGUGGCAUACCUCCACCUCCAGGCAUGGGUGGCAUACCUCCUCCUCCAGGCAUGGGUGGCAUACCUCCUCCACCUGGUGGUAUUCCAAUGCCUCCAGGCAUGGGUGGUAUUCCCAUGGUUCCAGGUAUGGGUGCCAUUCCUCCAGGUUACGUUCCUCCAAAACUUCCCACUUACAAGAGUACAGCAGCCAUGAAAGGUGUUUUCUGGAAUAAGGUUGCGAAUAAUCAAUUGAAAGAUUCCAUCUGGAUUAAGAAAGAUAUCGUGACAGGACUCGAAGGCAUUGAGUUGGAACAAUCCGAAUUGGAAAAACUCUUUGCCAAGAAGGAAUCCAUUGUGUUGGAGAGUAGUACUGCCAAGAAACCUGAGAAGGUCACUCUCAUUGAUCCAAAGAAGGCUCAAAACUCGGCCAUUGUAUUGGGUUCCAUGCGUUUGGAACAUGAUCAAAUCAAACAUGCCAUUCUGAGAAUGAAUGAAGGUGUUUUAGCACCAGAGAAUAUCAAAGCUCUCAAAGACAUGGUACCAACUCCCGAUGAACGACAAGCUCUCUCCGAUUAUCACGAUGAUUUCAAUAAUUUGGGAACGACCGAACAAUUCUUGACCAAGGUCAUGGACAUUCCCAGACUCGAGGAACGUUUGGAGUGUUGGCUCAUUAAAUCUCGAUUCCCUGCAUCGGUGGCAUCGAUUGAACCCGAUAUUGAGAGUGUCAUUACGAGCUGCAAACAAUUACAACAAUCCAAGAAACUACAACGUAUUCUGCAAGUGAUUUUGGCUGUGGGUAACUUUAUCAAUGGUAACAAGAAGGCCGUUCAUGGUUUCCAAAUGAGUGCUCUCUCCAAAUUGAAAGAUACCAAAGCUACUGGAGCCAAAAUGAACAUGUUGGAUUAUAUUGUACAAUUUUUAGAGAAACAUCAUCCAGAAGUGAUUAAUUUCCAUGAAGAACUUGCUGCAUUGCAAGCUUCUGAGAGAGUUUCCAUUCAGGGAAUUAAUGCUGAAUUGAGUGAAAUGAAAACAGGUGUGAAUUUUGUUGGACGUGAAAUUGAAAAGUCAGAUAUGAAUAAUGAGGAGGAUCGAUUCCGAGAAGUCAUGGUUGACUUUUUGGACUAUGCCUCUGAAAAGGUCGAAUAUUUUGAAUCGCAAAUUAAGGAAAUGCAAAAUCAAAUUGAAAAGCUUCAAGUAUUCUUUGCAGAGGAUCCAAAGAAGUUCACUCCAGAAUCCUUCUUCUCUUCCAUGAAUACCUUUAUUUCUGACUUUAAAUUUGCAUAUAGUGAAAUUUUGAGAAAACGUGAAAUUGAACGAAAGAAACUCGAAAAGGAAGCAAAGGACAAGGAACGUCAACAAAAAGUUGCCUCCUCACGAAAGAAGAAGGAAGAACAGGAACAUGUUGGAUUUCCAAGAAAACCCAAAGCAACCACAGGAGAUGCCGCUCUCUCAUCUCCAACAGAGAAUAGUGGCACUCAGCGAUCAUCUGUGGGUGAGGACAAUGCUACUGGCAGUUCUGCAGACUCUGCACAAACCUCUGCUGAAGAGAAGGGAGUUUUGGAUAAGACACUCGAUUCAUUAAUUGAUGGUUCUGGAUUUAAAAAGGGUGUUUCAGCCAAUAAGAAGAAGAAGGCUGCAGCUCAGAGUGCUGUGAAUUUGAUUCAAAAAUUGGAAAUUGAAAAGACCAAUGAAGCUAGUGGAGGUGGUGGUGACAUGAACGAUCGUGUCAAUAGUGUUUCAUCGACUCCCCGUGAUUCGUUGGCUUCUCCCGUAGAAGGAUCUGCAACGACGCCUUCAGACGAUCAAUCCAUGAGAACGCCACGAGGUGUAUCAAAAGCACCAAGUAAGAGAAGACUCAAGCAAGGUGGAGAUGAUUUGUAA